CGGGUUUGAAUCAUCCGUUCACCUCCACUGACACUUGCGGUUGUCUCUGUUAUUAAAGGCACUUUCGCAGGUGAUGUCCCAUAAUAUGACAUGGCAUUAGGAGGUGAGAGAGGGCCCGCUUCCAAGGUAAAGCCUGCUGGAGUUCAAGCUAUGUGGGGAGAGAUCGACCCUCCCGUUAAAGCCCAACCCAGGCCGUGUGACAGCGAAAAGAGGACGGUGUUACCGGAGGAACCCGCGGCUCCUUUACAGACAUGCGACCUCUACAUACCCAAACACAGACCAGACACCCAGCCGGUCGCCCAGCUGGACCCCUCGACAGAGCCCAGCUGCGUUGGAGACAUGAUAGAGUCGGUAGCCAUGAGCGGGAGCCCCGUGAAGAGCCAGCAGAUCGGAGAGGCCGAGCUGACCUUCGGGGAGCGGAGGGAGGAGCUGCUGCAUCAGUACCGCAGCAGGCCGCUGGUCUUCCUGGAGAGGUACCAUGGCCACCUGAAGCCUGAGCACCUUCCUGCUUUCGCCCACGUCAGCUCGGACCCGAGGGCCCAGCACUACAGCCGGCUGGUGCUGACGCGACCCGCAGGAUGCACCAACAGGACCAGGGUCAGAAACCAGCGUUACGCUGCCCUCAGAGCGCUGCAGAAAGACGGCGAGUAUUUCAGUGAGGAACAGAUGCGGAUGAGGGAGCCGCUGCUGUACGAGCAAUAUAUCGGCCAGUUCCUGACUGAUGAAGAGGUUUUGGAGCGCUCCCAGGAGGCCAUGCUGGACGGCGAGAAGGAGGGACAAGGAGGCGGCUCCUGUGGGCUCGCCAAUCUCCUCCUGAACUCCUACCAGGAGCGGCUCAUCCAGAACCGCCUGCAGGAGGAGCAGGACAGAGAAGACGGCGCCCAAGAGGAGGACGAAGACGGCGACGAGGAUGGAGUCCAGCAGAAGGGAUGGGAGCCCACUGCAGAGGAGAAGGCUCUGCUGAGGGAGGAGUUCAUCAGUCAGAUGCAUCAGCGAUUCCUAGACGGAAAAGACAAAGAUUUCAACUACAGCGAGGUGGACGACAACCCCGACUACGACAACCUGGACAUCGUCAGCAGAGACGCCGAGGAUAAAUACUUUGAUGAAGAUGAGGAAGAGGAGGAGGAGGAAAUGGAAAAAGAUGAUGAUGAAGAGGAAAUGGCUGAAUAGGAAAGAGUUUGUUAGAAACAACUGAUAAUCUGUAAAUAAGAGUGUACAAAUAUAAACUGCUGGAUGUUGUUGAUUUUUUUUUUUUGACUGUAUCAACAACCUGCAAUAAAACUUAUUGGUCUUUUGC